AUGCGGGAGGGACUCAACGCAGUUUGCGUCACCAUCUGCCGGAGCGGAAUAUUCAGCCAAGGACUGCUACUAUUGGAGAUGGACAACCCGACAAUACAUCGCGUUCUGAAAACCGUCGCGGGGACUCAUUACCGUACCAUCACCAAGGCUUUAGCAGACUCCGACUACCGGCAGUUCCUCCCGCAGCUUGAGAUCACCGGGCUGGUUAUGGUCCAUGGUAAACCUCGACACCCUCAAAGUCAGGGGUCUGUGGAAAGGGCAAAUGGUGAUAUCAAGGAUAUGCUUGUUGCAUGGAUGGGAGAUAAUGACACAAAUGAUUGGUCAGUAGGCAUAAAAUUGGUUCAAUUCCAAAAGAAUUCGAGUUAUCAUUCAGGAAUACAGAGAUCGCCAUAUGCUGCCAUGUUUGGAUGUGAAGCCAAAGUUGGCUUAACAUCGUCGUCUUUGCCAACAGAAGUAGUUGUACGGAUGCAAAGUGAGGAUGAUCUUAUAUCUGCCAUAUCCAAUGUACCAAUCGUCCUAGAACAUACUGCUGCUGAUAUACACGAAUCAGUACCAAGCACCAGUCAGCGAGACAACGUAGCUGUACCUAUCCCUCUUGUGGAUAGGGGACGCGGUGACCCACGAAAUAUUCUCGGAAUAAUCAUAGACCGUGAUGAGAACGAUAUGUACGCAAUUUGUGUGAAAGCAGGGAUUCUAAAAGGGAAGUUUACAGUUUGA